GUCAGUUUGCACUUGUCUCUUUGGAUCCCAAAUUAGGUUUCAGCCUCACGCGAUACAGCCACAUUCUUCAGUCCACAUUAUCUGAUUUCUAAAUUGUCAAAUUAGAAACACCGGAAGAGUUGACCAUCUCUUCUGGAUGGAGUUUUGCCUCUCAGUCUUCUUUUGACGUCUCGGACAGCCUUGGUGAAUAUUUUGGAUCGUUUUUAGUCUACAACGGUUGGAUUACCUCUUUUUGAAAUACAUUUUAUGGUAUUUUUUUUUCAGGGCAUUUAAACUCUGUGCUUUACAUGUAACCACUGUUGAAAUCAGACGCUGAAUUCUUUCUCGUGAUAUUUUCAUAAGGCACCCGGCUUUAUCCCUGUGUGAAAAUACUGUGAUAUCUCUCUAUUUAUUUGUGCUUCUUUAAAAGGCAGUUCACAGUUUUUGCACACCAUGACUUUCUUGUCCGGGGCAGCGGUUCUGUUGCUGCGUGGACUCGUCAUCUCUGCGGUACUGGUCUUAGAGAGUUCAUACACGAAUAAUCUGUCGAACCGAGUCACUCCGAAUCCAGCAGCAGUAGCUGUUCCUCCUACAGAUCCAUGUUCGACAGUCAUCCCUCCAUGUGUGAACGAAGCCGACCGCUUCAGUUUAGAGGCACUGCGGCAUAUUCACAAGCAGCUAGACGAUGAUAACGAUGGAGGAAUUGAAGUCAAUGAGAGUGUGGAGUUUAUUAUAGAGGACAUGAAGCAGCACCAGACCAAUAAACACAGCAAUCUUCACAGAGAGGACCAGCACAUCACAGUGGAGGAGCUGUGGAAGGGCUGGAAGAAAUCAGAAGUGCAUAACUGGACAAUGGAGGAUGCAGUCCAGUGGCUAAAAGAUUCAGUAGAGCUUCCUCAGUACGAAAGAAACUUCAGAGAUUUUAAAGUAGAAGGCAAUACGCUACCUCGAAUAGCAGCCAAUGAACCGUCAUUUAUGUCAAUGCAGCUAAAGAUAUUAGACCAACGACAUAAACAGAAAUUAAAUCUAAAAGCAUUAGAUGCAGUCCUUUUUGGGCCUCCAUUACGUCCACACCAUAACUGGGUGAAGGACUUUAUUUUGAUGAUUUCCAUCAUCAUUGGCGUUGGGGGCUGCUGGUUUGCAUACAUACAGAACAAAUCAUCUAAAAUUCACAUCUCUCAGAUGAUGAAAGACCUGGAGAGUCUGCAGCAUGCUGAACUGAGCCUGACAGAGAUACAGAGCCAGUUGGAAAAGGCUCAGGAGGAGAACCGGACAGUGGUGGUGGAGAAGCAGAACCUUGAGCAGAAGAUGCGCAAUGAGAUCAACGGAGCUAAGAAAGAAGCCAGCAGACUGCGAGAGCUGCGACAGGGGGCUGAAUGUGAACUCAGCAGACUCAAAUAUGCAGAGGAGGAGCUAGUGCAGGUGCGAAUGGCUCUGAAGAGAGCAGAGAAGGAGAUGCAGUCUGAAUGGUUGGUGCCUGAAGCUCUGCAGACGUGGCUACAGCUCACACAUGAAGUGGAAGUACAGUACUACAACAUCAAAAAACAGCAUGCCGAGCUGCAGCUCUCGGUCGCAAAGGAUGAGGCAGAAAAGAUCAAAAAGAAGAGGAACUCUGUGUUUGGCACCUUCCAUGUUGCUCACAGCUCAUCUUUGGAUGAAGUAGACCACAAAAUACUUGAGGCUAAAAAAUCACUGUCAGAGGUCACAGCAUGUUUGCGGGAACGUCUUCACCGCUGGCAGCAGAUAGAGAAGCUGUGUGGCUUUCCAGUGGUUAAUAACUCUGGGCUGCCCAACCUCACUGCCUCGCUGUAUGCAGACCAUAGCUGGGUGGUCAUGCCGCGGAUGUCUGUGCCACCUUAUCCUAUUGCUGGAGGAGUGGACGAUCUUGACGAGGAUAUGCCACCUAUCAUUCCACAGUUCACCUCUACAAUGAUUCGACCUCCUCUGACCCGCAACAGCAGUGUUUGUCGUUCUCGCAGAAGUCUUUUGUCUCAACCCUCGUCCCUCUCAGCUGACCCUGACCUUUUAUCCAUGGCCUCUGCCUCCUUGGCCUACAGACAUGAAGGAGACGAUGAACACGUCAUCUUCAAUGUGGAAAGGAAGGGGGAAACUCAGGACACUUGCUCAGACUCGGACUCUCUCAGUUCAUCUUUGGGCAGAAAGCAGUUCUCUACUUCCUGUGCUCAAAGCAUCGGCGUUACAGGCACGGACACCCCGCCACGCAAAAUCUCUCAUGAGGAACUUUUUCUCUUCACGCAAGAGGCCCAGGCUGUCGCUCUGGAGAGCUUGCCAUCUUCCACAUCCUCCCCUUCAUCUCCUCUUGACUCAGUUCACAAGGGAUCUCCAGACCUCACUCACUCCGCCGUCCUCCCAGAGUCUCAGAGUUUGACCUUUCACCCUGGCACCAAAGCUGUGGCCUACAAUGGCAUCCUGGAAAAGUCAUACAGCUUGGGGCAGCUGCCAGCUGUUGGGACGCCACCAGAGGGGCAGUAUCCCUCGAUUAGCUCACUCAACAUAGAAGGCAAAGCUAUCAAGGAUCCCAAGCAACUCCAAUCCACCUCCUCCCAGGACUCCUGCGAUAAUGGGGAGAAAAAACGCUCCAAGAUCAAGAGCUUGUUUAAGAAAAGCAAAAAGCUGUGAGGAACAGUAGAGGAUGAAAUGGGGGGGAAGAAGCCUUAAAACAAAACAAAUAAAAAAAGAGGGUGAUGCUGUCAACCAGAAGCCAAACAUUUUUUAGUUUCUCAAAUUUGUAAUUCUUCAUUUAAAUGGAAUGUAGCUCCAUCUAGGUACAAUCCUGGAUUGGAAAGCUUAUUAUGAUGAUUUUUUUAACCAUCACACAUAUGCCUUUAAAGGCCAAUGUUAUGUCAGGUUUUUGCAGAACAUGAGUCAUGACCAAUUUGCUGUCUUUAUUUGGGUGAAUUCUCUGUUUUCAUAAAGUGCACCUUUAUGUUGUCAUCAGGAAGUAGGGGAGAUCGGGGCUAGUUGUCACAGUUUUUACUCCAGUGAAUAUUUUUCAGGGUAUUUUUUUAAAGAUAAUUUCUGGAUUGGCAUGUUCCUUAAUGUCUUGGCUACAAAAAAGCUUUUGAACAUUUGUACAGUUGUUUCCAAGGAAAAAAGAUACAGUUCACUGAAUAUGAACGCUGACCUUUUGUGACCCCCUGAUGCAGUGCAUGGUGUCACUUUUUAUGGGUUAAGUUGUCACAAUGAAAAAAGGCUUUUCAGCUAAAUUUAAGCCACAAAACAAUUAUGAGACACAAAACAUAUCAUGAAACAACAAAACUGAAAAAGGUAACAUACAAAAACAUUAAACCAUCGUUUUAUCCAACAAAUAAUAAUUUAAUAAAUUGUAUACAGUUAUUACAUUUAAACAUGUGACAACUUGCCCCAACCCAACAUUUAUGAAAAAUACCUUUGUCCUGAGAAUACAGUUCAAUCUUCAAAUCUACAUUUAUUAUGUAGUUUACCCUUGCCUGGAUGUAUGACAGUGUGUUUUUUUUUUUUUUUUUUUACCCAACAGCUAUAGCAAUAAUAUUAUGAUAGUGGAAUGUUAGUUUGGAGGAUAGAAAUCACACACACACACACACACACACACACACACACACUGAAUAGUUUUAAUUGAAAUUUAUUUUAAACUUGGUGUUUUAAACAAACUAAUUUUAAUAGUGACAACUUCUCUGUGUGACAACUUGCCCCAGGCUCCACUAUAGUAAACCAGGUAAUAAUAAAUAGCACAAUGCUAUCCAAAUCUCCAAAUUCCAAAUAAAAAAUUGGCUUCCUGGAAAUUUGUCCUAACUUGUAACAAUAACAAUGAUGUCACAAUAGUUUAAACGGCAGCUGUUUUUUUGUUUUGUUGUUUUUUUAGAUAUCUCUACCUUUUGAUAUCAUUACAAGUGUAGUAUUUAAUAUGUGAAUAAUCAGAAAUCCACAUUGAGGUCUCCCUAUGGUUUGAAAACCAUUAAAAUCCCUUCCUUUAAAAGGCCCAGGGUUAAAUCUGAGCUUUCAGCUUGAUGUCACUUUCUGUUGACUGUCACAGAACACCUGUUCUUGACAAAUAUUCUAUAUAUAAUGGUAACACUUAACAUAAAGCAGCAUGACAGAACACCUACAUUGUAAAAUUAUUAUCUCAAGUCAGUUAUCUAACCACAAAAGGACAUGUUGGGCAGAAUGUUAGCUUCAGUCACCAUUUACUUUCAUUGUUUGGGGAAAAAAUGCACUGAAAGUCAAUGAGGCUAAUAUUCUGCAUAAUAUUUCCUUUUGUGUUCCAAUGAAGAAGUCAUAUUGUUUUGAACAACAUGAGGUUGAGUAAAUUAUGCCAUAAUUUUUUUUAUUUUGUAGACAAAUAAAGAUUUACUACUAGACAAUGCCUUAAGUACUAAGUACUUUCAUUAACCCUAUAUUUCAAUAAUCAUUAUACUUUUAUAUUAGAUAGAUAUACAUACACAUACCAAAAGUUUGGAAUAAUGUAAAGAUUUUGCUCUUAUGGAAAGAAAUUGGUACUUUUAUUCACCAAAGUUUCAUUCACCUGAUCACAAUGGAUAGUCAGGACAAUAAUAACGUGAAAAAUUACUAUUACAAUUCGAAAAAAAAAAAAAAAAUUCAGAACUUCUUAAACUACUUCAAAGUAGUUCUCAUCAAAAAAUCCUCCAUGUGCAAGCAAUCACAGCUUUGCAGAUCCUUGGCAUUCUAGCUGUCAGUUUGUCCAGAUACUCAGGUGACAUUUCACCCCACACUUCCUGUAACACUUGCUAUAGAUGUAGCUGUCAUUCUAGCUGAUCCGACAAAAGCUCAAUGGGGUUAAGAUCCAUAACACACUUUUCCAAUUGUCGGUUGUCCAAUAUCUGUUUCUUUGCCCACUCUAACCUUUUCUUUUUGUUUUUUUUUGUUUCAAAAGUGGCUUUUUCUUUGCAAUUCUUCCCAUAAGGUCUGCACCCCUGAGUCUUGUCUUUACUGUUGUACAUGAAACUGGUGUUGAGCGGGUAGAAUUCAAUGAAGCUGUCAGCUGAGGACAUGUGAGGGGUCUAUUUCACAAACUAGAGACUCUGAUGUACUUUUGUUUAGUUGUACAUCUGGUCUUCCACAUCUCUUUCUGUCAUUGUUAGAGCUAGUUGUCCUUUGUCUUUGAAGACUGAAGUGUACAUCUUUGUAUGAAAUAUAAGUUUUUUUGGUAAUUUCAAGCAUUGUAUAGCCUUCAUUCCGCAAAACAAUGGGGCCUGUCUAGAUUUGAUCAAAAUGACUAUUUUCAAAUAGCGAUGGUGCUGUUUUUUUUUUACAUCAGUAAUGUUCUGACUAUACUUUAUGAUCAGUUGAAUGCCACUUUGGUGAAUUAAAGUACUAAUUUCCUUCCAAAACAGCAAAAUCUCUACAUUAUUCCAAACAUUUGGCCGCCAGUGUGUGUAUGUAUAUAUAAUAUAUAACUAGUGGUUAAAAUGUAGGCAAACAUUUAAAGAUUAAUGCCAACAUAUUGUUUUGGCAAUAUGGAAGGUUCACAGCUGACCUAUACAUAAAAAAAGAAAUUUUAUUUUUCAAGAUUUACACAUUUCAGUUUCAUAACAAAAUUCCAUCAAAUGAGUAAUCCUUGUAUCAAAUAUUUGUAGUAAUAUUAUAUAGUAUAAUAAUAGUAAUUUGUUAAAGCAUCACAACAUGCAAUUUGAUGAAAUUGUGUUAUGUAAUUAAAAAGCAUACAUCUUUUUUUCUUGGGGUGUAGAUAUGUUUUGAAGACAUGGCCAGGUGUUGAGGCGUCAUGACUAACUGCUGCGUGGAAAGCGCUACUGAAUUAUCCUGCUAAAGGUUGUUGCACUACUGCUUUCCUUACCUGGAAAGAGCUGCUUUUGGUGGCAUAAGAAUAAGUUAUGAUAGUUAGAUCAAGGAGAAUAUUUGUAAAGAUACGUUUUAAAGCAAUUGAAACGCUUCUUACCACAUGUAUUCUCUGAAAUAUAUUUUUAUUUUAGUUUUUUUCAUCAUGAAUAUGUUUAUUAGAAGUUAUUCAAUUGUAGAUAUGUGAUUUCUAUUGGGUAACUGAGGAAAUAAGUUUUUCUGAGGAGAAAUAUACUGUAUAUGACUUUUCCCCAAAAUCCCUCUCUCCUGGUCUGAGUGCCCUGUUUCAAGGGCGUUGCCAUCACUGUGAUCAUUAUAUCUCGACACUAAUGGGAAUCAUCCACAAUGGGGCACUAAACGGAUUCUAUUUUGGCAAAAAAUUAUUCCAACUUUUUUAAAGUGCAAGACCUUUAUAUGCCGAUAGGACAGCGAAACAUCGGUGCCUAAAUUUGGUUGUCUCAGAACUCACUCACUUAGCAUUGUACACGCUGCCACACUGAUGAAGGAUAAAAGAGACAAACAUUACAUGCACAUUAUGUGUGUGUGUAUAUACACAGUGACUGAUUGUGAGAUGUUUGAGUUGAGUUAUUUUUUGUGUGUGAAUAUUUGUAUACAGUAGAACAAAUCAAUAAAAAGAAA